AUGCAGAUGCGAGUGGGAGGGCUUGGCUCCCUUGGCGCUGGGCGCACGCACAGCCUCGGAGCUUUUUAUAGCAGUCCUCGACCUUGGCAGCAGAUAAUCAAGAUGCCAAGUCCAAUACGAGGAACGGAGGGAUCUGCUUCUGCAGGCCAAGCGUCCAGUUCCGCUGGCACGAUUCUGGAGAUGCUGGGUUCGAAUCAUGAUACGAGGUUGCAUCGUAUUCACCUCAUUAUCUUCAAAAUGAAGUUCAUCGUCGUCGUCAACGCUCUCAUCGUGGCCCUCUGCAGCCACGUCGCCCUGGCCUCUACCAUCGGCCACCCCUCCCUGAUGCCCCGCGAGGAUGCCCUCAGCGACAACAACAACAGUACCGUCUCCACUCCCUACGGCAACAUUGUGAGCACCGUCCUCGAAGAUGGCAAGAAGAAGAUGGAGUUCUUCGAUGUCGAUGGCACCCUCGAAGUGACCGCCAUCGAGACCGCUGAUGGAACUGCUACCUUCUACGACGCCGAGGGCAAGGAAGUCAACCUUGCAGACAUGGACGACGACGACGAAGACCUCGAGAAGCGCGUGCCCAAGUGGAAGCUCGCCAUCAAGUUCGCCAAGCUGGUCGCCAAGUAUGGCAAGCGGGCCUGGUCGUACAUCUACUGUGUUGGUACUGCUCCGUUCUGGAAGUGCGGUGAUGAGACCAUAAACUCCCUCCAGUCCAACUGGAUCUGGGCCCCAAAUUGGAUCGACUCCUCACCAGCCAACACAGCCGGUAAAAUUGUCCGAUUCACGCAUAAUGUAUCACUUAUUUCCUCCGCUACGCGAGCGCUCGUCCAUUGCUCAGCGGAUACACGCUACAAGCUAUAUGUCAAUGGCGUGCGGGCAGCGGUGGGACCCGCCCGCGGCAGCCCUCUGAUCUGGUACUAUGACACGGUGGACAUCGCGCCGUAUCUGCGUGUAGGAGAAAACGAGAUUGUCUUUGUUCUGGUGAGGUAUUUCAAUGCGUGCAGGGGCGCGAUGCCUUUUGAGCGGACAGCGUUCCCUGGAUUGACGGUUGUCGGGACGAUUGAGACACAGACGGAGACGGUGGAUGUGCAGUCGAGGGAAGGGUGGUUGGUGCAGGUGGAUGAGAGUGUCCGGUUUCCAAUGGGCCUGGUUGAUGAUAUGUUUCUGCAUAUUAAUGAGCGGAUCACGCCCACUGUGUUGGAGGAGCCGGUUACGCCGAUGGUGUACGGGAUGAGGACGGCGAAUGGCGAUCUGUCGCCAUGGCGUUUACGACCUCGCCAGAUCCCCAUGCCUGCAGAAAGUUCUGUGGGUGUUGCUCUUGUCAGAAAGUGCCAGAGUAACAACCACAUCGACGAGUGGACGGGCUUUCUGAACGCAAAGCAGACACUGGCACUCGCCGCAAAUUCCUCGCAUGUGCUCGAAAUCCAGGCAGAUGUUCAUUCGACUGCGUUCCUGCGGUGGUCUUUCCGGGCAGUACAGGCGUCUCGCAUCACCCUCAAGAUCACCUAUUCCGAAGGAUACGAGCAAGAGCCACGGUCCUACCCGUUCUUCCGUACAAAGGCCGAUCGACUGGACGCGGAGAAUGGACGCCUCAUUGGGCCGUACGACGAGGUGACCUUUGAUUUACCUGCGGGAGAGACGACCGUAUACGAGCCGUUCUGGUUUCGCACGUUUAGACUGAUCCGGCUUGAGAUCGCCAGUGGGCCUGCACCGGUUGAGCUCUUGUCGUUCGGUGCUACCCAGGUCAAUUAUCCCAUGGCAGUCAAGGCUAGCUGGCAAGAAGAUGGUGGCCAGUACAGCGAGAGGAUCUGGGAGGUCUCUAUCCGCACGAUGCGGAACUGCAUGUUUGACGGGUACUCCGACUGUCCGUUCUACGAGCAACUCCAAUACUCUGGCGACAGCCGCUCCGUCGGUCUAUUCCACUACCUGCUCUCCGGCGACGACCGUCUCAUGCGACAGGCCAUCACCAACUUCGCUGCCUCCGUCACCCCAGAAGGCCUCACCCAGUCCCGAUUCCCGUCGCACGUCCCGCAGAUUAUCGCUGGCUUCUCCCUGUACUGGAUCCUCCAAGUCUGCGAUCACCGCCUCCACUUCGGUGACAGGGCCUACGCCCGCUCCUUCCUUCCCCGCAUCGACGGCGUCCUCGAGUUCUUCCACGCCCACAUCGACCCCCUCGGGCUGGUAAGCAACCUCCCAGACGACGUCUGGCAAUACGUCGACUGGGUAACAACCUGGGGCGCAACAGACACCCAUCCAGACAAAGGCGUUCCAACGUCGGGCCGCCAGUCAAACAGACACACCUUCUUCAGCCUCCUCUACGCCUACGUCCUCAACCAAGCCGCGCAGCUCCUCCACGACGUAGGCCGACCAGGCCACGCAGCCGAGUAUACCGCGCGCGCGGAAGCUGUCCUCGCAUCCGUCCGCAAGCACUGCUACGACGGGCGCUUCUUCACGGAUUCCACGGCGGAGAUCGCCGACGAGGGUGCCUACUCGCAGCACUGCCAGGUAUUCGCUGUGUUAGCUGGUGCGGUGGCGGAGGACGACCGCGCGCGCCUGCUGACGGAGAGUUUUGCGGAGCCCGGCUUUGCGAAGUGCUCGUAUGUGAUGCAGUUUUAUGCGCUGCGGGCGUUCUCGUUGGCGGGGGACGAGGCGUAUGAGGCGUAUUGGGGGAGGGUGUGGGAUCCGUGGCGGCGGAUGCUGGAGUGUAAUUUGACGACGUGGGAGGAGGAUAAUGUGCGCCAGCGCUCGGAUUGUCAUGCUUGGGGGAGUGUGCCGAUCUAUGAGUAUUGUACGGAGUUGGCGGGGGUGAGGAUUGAUCUGCCCGGGGCGACGAGGGUGUUGUUCAAGCCUAGGUUGAGGUUGAGUAAGGGCAUCUCGGCGAGAGUGGCAGUGGGUAAGGAAAAUGUCGCGACAGUGAGGUGGGAGACGGUCGAUGGUGAAAAGAGGGUGGAGCUGAGGUUUGAGAGAGCCGUCGAUGUGGUUUCUCAAUUACCGGGGGAGAAGGCUGUUGAGCAUGGAGUGGUGCAGUGUCUUUUCUUCACUUGGAAAGGCCACUAG